GGGGCUGCUCCUGCCACCGCCGCUGCAGCUGCAGCCACGGUGGCGGUGGAGGGCGACGCCGCAAAGGCCGCUCUCUCCACCAAGGAUACAGAUCCUGAACAAGCGGGUUGCACCGCCACCGCCGCGGGCGCCGAUAGUGAUCACGCCGCUGAAGCGAGGCAGGCCGACGAGGAGAAGAAGAAGGAGAAAGAAGAGAACGCGGAGAAAGAAGAGCAGAUGCCGGACGAAGAAAAAGCCGAGAAGGAAGUGAGAAGUGAUUGUGAGAAUGCGCGCGAGUCCGACGCGAGUACCGUAGUGCAGGAGGAAGUGAAGGAUGCGUCGAAAGUGGAGCAGAGCAGUGUGGUAGUGGAUGAGGAAGUUGCUGUGGAGGCGAAAACCGAGAACGUGGUCGAAACGGAAAAUGUGGCGGAAUCGGAUUCGAAAAAGGAGGUUAUUUCGGAAUCGGAAGAGCAGGUUGAAUCGGAUUCGAAAGACGAGGUUGUUUCGGAUUCGAGGGUCGAGGUUAUUUCGGAUUCGAAAUCUCAGGCUAAUUUCGAGUCCGAUGUUGUUUCUGCAUCCAAAGAGAACGGUGAUCCAGUUCAUGUGACGCCAGAAACUGCAGACGACCUUGAUAACGAGUCUGCAACCAAAGUGGUCGGCGAGUUGCAAGAGCAGACUGCCGCCAAACCAGAAUUAGCGCAGGCGAGUGAAGUUGCUACUGAAAAUGAGACUGUUGUAGAGGAGGAGACCAGCAUAAUUCCAAAGUCUGAAACCAAAAAUCUGAUUGAAGAAGAUGAAAACAUAGUGCCUGAUGCAACGGAUUUACCGAUCUGUGACGCGGUAAAAGAAUCAGAAACCGCGACCAAGGUCCAAGAGAUGUCGGAGCAACCUGGCGUGACGGAUUCUGUACCGGAGAGCGAACCAAAAUCAGGGCCGAGCGUCUUGCCAGAAACCGAAACUAAAGAAUUUGAUCAGAUAACCACGACUGUGAUCGAUGUAAGCACACCCCAUGCCGAAGAACAAAACGAAGAAGCGAACCCUAGUCUAGCUAAUGAAUUGGAGCAGAACGUCCCUAUGGAGGAACCACGUGCUGUUCCCAGCGAACAGCAAAACGAGUCAGCUGAAAAGGUCGAGGAGAACGGGGUAGAACCUGCGCCAAAGAUC